UCCCCCCCGCCCGUCCCCUUCCCUCCCCUCCCCCAUCUUUCUCUCGCUCGCUCGCUCGCUCUCUUGCCUUCGCUACCGGCACAUUCCGCCGCCCUGAGAAAGGCCUAAAAGGCAACGGGAGCGGCUGGAACAAGGCAGGGAAGCCGUUGCCGGCUUCUUAGUUUGUCAUCCAGACAGGCCGGAGCCGAAGGCGGCUCGGGGUAAGGGUUAGUCAGCCAGCCAGCCCGCCGCGGUGCUGAGAGAAGCCGGUGGGGGACGGACGAAGAAACGACAGUAGAACCGGGAAAGAAGGGCCCGGCCGGGUCCGGGGAGGGAGAAAAGAGGACGAAGCGAGGCCGCGCUCCCUGCCUCCCGCCAUGGCCGACAACGAGAAGCUGGACAACCAACGGCUGAAGAACUUUAAGAACAAAGGCCGCGACCUGGAGACUAUGAGAAGACAGCGAAAUGAAGUUGUUGUGGAAUUAAGAAAGAACAAAAGAGAUGAGCAUCUUUUAAAAAGAAGAAAUGUACCUCAUGAAGAUAUCUGUGAAGAUUCUGAUAUAGAUGGUGACUUCAGAGUGCAAAAUACAUCAUUGGAGGCAAUAGUUCAGAAUGCUUCAAGUGACAACCAGGGAGUCCAGUUAAGUGCAGUACAGGCUGCAAGAAAACUACUCUCCAGUGAUCGCAAUCCACCGAUUGAUGAUUUAAUAAAGUCUGGAAUAUUACCUAUAUUAGUGCAUUGUCUGGAAAGAGAUGAUAAUCCAUCUUUACAAUUUGAAGCAGCAUGGGCCCUGACAAAUAUUGCAUCUGGAACCUCUGAACAAACACAGGCUGUAGUUCAAUCCAAUGCUGUCCCACUCUUUUUGAGGUUGCUGCAUUCACCCCAUCAAAAUGUUUGUGAACAAGCAGUAUGGGCUUUAGGCAAUAUCAUAGGUGAUGGGCCACAAUGUAGAGAUUAUGUCAUUAGUCUUGGAGUGGUGAAGCCGUUGCUGUCAUUCAUCAGCCCAUCUAUUCCAAUAACUUUCUUAAGAAAUGUAACUUGGGUAAUGGUCAACCUAUGCCGUCACAAAGACCCACCUCCACCGAUGGAAACCAUUCAAGAGAUCCUCCCAGCAUUGUGUGUCUUAAUUCAUCACACAGAUGUAAAUAUAUUGGUAGAUACAGUCUGGGCCCUCUCAUACCUAACGGAUUCAGGCAAUGAACAGAUUCAGAUGGUGAUAGAUUCUGGGAUAGUUCCUCAUUUGGUUCCUCUUCUCAGCCAUCAGGAAGUUAAAGUACAAACUGCAGCACUCAGAGCUGUAGGCAAUAUUGUUACUGGCACUGAUGAACAAACCCAGGUAGUUCUGAAUUGUGAAGCUCUUACACAUUUUCCUGCUCUGUUGACACACCCCAAAGAAAAAAUUAAUAAGGAAGCUGUAUGGUUCCUAUCUAACAUCACUGCAGGAAAUCAGCAGCAAGUCCAGGCGGUGAUAGAUGCUAACCUUGUACCAAUGAUAAUACAUCUUUUAGAUAAGGGUGACUUUGGUACACAAAAGGAAGCUGCUUGGGCUAUAAGUAACCUGACAAUCAGUGGAAGAAAAGAUCAAGUGGCAUACCUAAUUCAACAAAAUGUAAUUCCUCCAUUUUGCAACUUGUUAAUAGUAAAAGAUGCUCAGGUCGUACAAGUAGUGCUGGAUGGGCUAAGUAAUAUAUUAAAAAUGGCUGAUGAUGAGGCAGAAACCAUAGCCAACUUUAUUGAAGAAUGUGGAGGAUUGGAGAAAAUUGAACAACUACAAAAUCAUGAAAAUGAAGACAUCUACAAACUGGCUUAUGAGAUCAUUGAUCAAUUCUUCUCUUCAGAUGAUAUAGAUGAAGAUCCAAGCCUUGUUCCUGAAACAAUACAAGGUGGAACAUUUGGUUUCAAUUCAUCUGCCAAUGUACCUGCAGAAGGGUUCCAGUUCUAGAGUGGUAUUUUGGAAUUUAGGUACAAUGCAGCACUGAAUAAAAAAGGUUUGAUCCAUCAAGCUUGGCUCAUGGGAUCCGCUGCUGCAUUAAAUCAGGAAAGAAAAUGUGAAGAUUUCAUUUGGAAUCACAGAAAAGCCCGAAUGAAGUCAAGAUGGCGAGUGGGUGCGAGUGAGAGUGAGUGGCAAAAUGUAAUGAAAAACUUCACACUGAAUGCUUAUAUAGGUUGUUCAAAGGAAAAGGGCUACAGGUCAAAGAAAUUCAGUGCCUGAGGAGGGACAUUGAUUUAAUUAGCGCAAUUGUGGGGAAAAUGCAGUACUAUUCUAUCAUCAAGCCAUGUAAGCAUAAAGGAGAAUAGGAUGCCCAUAUAAGUCCAAGGAGAAUGAGCCCAGGCCUUGCUAAUGAAGCACCGUGUGAAUGGACAACAUUGAGUGAAUGUCUGGACUCAGUGCUGUGGGGCCACGUGUGUUUUUCAAAUCUAGGGCUCUUUAGCUCAUAAAGCAGACUCCUAGUCUUGGAGUGGGGUGUGUACGAGAGUAUGGUUGUGAUGCUGUAUGUGAAUGCAUGCAAGCUUGAUUUGCCUUCAGGGGGCUGAUAAUAACCCUAGUCAAUCAUCAAAAGGAGUGCAUAAGUGUUAUAACA